CAAAGAAGGAACCCCUCCAGCAGCUUCUAGCAUGGUCGUCAACAACAACCAGGAUAACAUAAACAACAGCUAUCACAGGAGGUCACAGAUGGAGGAUGAAUUCAUGUUAUUUGUCUUCCCUACCAUGGAAGAAGGAAGGGAGAAAAAACCAAUGCAUACAUCUAGUCUUACAGGAGCUGCUUAUGUCCAGGAAAUCUUAAAUGGGCAUGAAAGCUUAUGCAGAAGGCAUUUCAGAAUGGAGGCUUACAUCUUUCAUGCUCUAGUUGAGAAGCUGCGUGAGAAUGAAAUACUUGAAGAUUCUACAAUAGUCUCCUUGGAAGAAAAGGUUGCCAUAUUUUUAUAUGCAGUUGCAAAAAAUGCUAGUAAUGAAACCUUGCAGGAUAGGUUCCAGCACAGUGGGCAAACCAUCAGUCGACACUUUGGAGAUGUACUAGAGGAUCAGCCUCGGAUGCAAGGGUUCUCCAAGAUGCACUUAACCAUGGAUUUCAGGUACCUCAUGGUAAAUAUUAUCUUGUAG